CCACGCUCCGGCGCCCCCCCUUUUCACUCGCGCAUUAGGAGGCUUGGGUCUGUGUACCGUGUCCGCCCGCAUCAGGGACCUGCUUGACUGAGGGGCCACCAUGGCAUCAGAUGAAGGCAAGCUUUUUGUUGGAGGGCUGAGUUUUGACACCAAUGAACAGUCUCUGGAGCAGGUCUUCUCAAAAUAUGGACAGAUCUCUGAAGUGGUGGUCGUAAAAGACAGGGAGACUCAGCGUUCUCGGGGUUUUGGGUUUGUCACCUUUGAAAAUAUUGAUGAUGCCAAGGACGCCAUGAUGGCCAUGAAUGGGAAGUCUGUUGAUGGAAGACAGAUCCGAGUAGACCAGGCUGGCAAGUCAUCUGACAACCGAUCCCGUGGAUACCGAGGUGGUUCCGCUGGAGGCCGUGGCUUCUUCCGUGGGGGCCGGGGCCGGGGCCGUGGGUUCUCUAGAGGGGGAGGGGACCGAGGCUAUGGGGGCAGCCGGUUUGAGUCCCGGAGUGGGGGCUACGGAGGCUCCAGAGAUUACUACAGCAGCCGGAGUCAGGGUGGUGGCUAUGGUGACCGGAGCUCUGGUGGGUCGUACCGAGACAGCUAUGACAGUUACGCUACACACAACGAGUAAAAAUCCUUCCUGCUCAAGAUCGUCCUUCCAAUGGCUGUAUAUUUAAAGAUUUGGGGAGCUUCGCUGAAUCGUUCGUGUGUAGUGAACACACCUUGUAUUCCCACUUUUGUAGUCAUUUCAGUUCUGAUCUUGUCAACACAGCCUGACUGCUUCUGACCCCCAACAUGGCCUCAUUACUUAUUUUCAAAGAAGUGCUAUCCGUUUUUAAGAGUUUUAAAAGCAUUGUGAAAAGCACUUCAGAUUUUUGUUUUGUUUUGUUUUACCAUGAGCCAUGGGUUUUUAAAAAAGAAAUUGGGGGUUGUGUGGGGUUUUGGUUAUUGUUUUAUUUUUUAAUAUCUAUAUAUAGUUGUUUCUAGGGUUUUUUUGUGUUACCUUUUGCUCUUUUUAGUGAGGUCACUCCCAUGAAGUUGGGUGCCCCUACUUCUGGAAUGGACUCUGAAUCCGCUCUGUCGGAAGCUGAGCAAGCUGUGGCUUUUUCCAACUCCGUGUAAUGUUUGAGUGUAGCGCGUGGUAGGACGCCUUCUGGGCAGCACAGACUGUCCCAGAGCCCGGCCUGCACGCCCAUUGUGCCGUGUGCCCUACAGUAGACGUGCAGAUGUCCCCCAAGAGGUUCUUGAAGAUGUUUAUUUAUAUUGUCCUUUUUUACUGGAAGACGUGUGCAUACUCCAUCGAUGUUGUAUUUGCAGUGGCUAAGGAAUUCUUGUACGCAGUUUUCUUUGGCUUUACGAAGCCGAUUAAAAGACCGUGUGAAACGAA